AUUGUGUUACUUUCUGUGCACAGUCUGCGGUAAUUGUAGUGUUAAAGGGCUUUCUUUCUCUUCUAAGUGCCGCUUCUGUGCGUGUUCUGUGAUGGUGGGCUUCUUCAGACAUGGACAGAAAAAUAAAAAGGGGUUGAAUUCCGAGCAACGCUGUAGGACCGGGACAGGAGCACAGGAUACGCGCAACUUGUGCAGCAAUUUCAUAGUGUCUUUUAGAAAAUAUCGUCUUCCCGUUAGGGUAAUGUGUCAAAGCCUUUUAUCCUGUAACGGAUAGCACAGUGUUGCAUUUGCACAAAGGGUACAAUUCGCAUCGCACGUAGUAGCGUUCGUUUAAGUUGAUAAAUGUCGUUAUUUCUCGUCAAUGUUGUGUUUGCGUCUUUCCAGUCAGCGAAAAUACGUUAAAGGAGAUCCCUCUUCAAUAUUACAUGGCAUAUGCAUUGUUUAUGUGGUUGAGUCAUGUCUGUCUGUUAAAUAUAUUCGAUCACAGUUUCAUUCAAUCGAGUCAACAUUGGCUUUAAGGCAUUAUAUAACGGUAAAGAUAAUAACACUUGCCAUUCGCCAUACGGAUAUGCAUAAUUUAUUAAGUCUCUGUCCUGUGUUUACAGAGACGGUUCUUUCUCUCACUUUUCAGAGUUCGUGCAGUCACAGCAAUACAAACAAAGCCCGUUAUGAACUAUGUCACAGCAAUGACGCUGAGCCCAUCCUUCCUAUAGAAUUAGCGACUGUUUUGUAUGGAGAAGAGAGGCGCCCGUGGACUGGAAAGCCGAACAGGACUGAGCGAGAAUUGUCCUGAAGUAACCUGCUCGGCGUCCGGGAAUAUUCGAGUUGCUUUUACAGAAGCCGCACUUCGCUGUUUUAAUUGCUUGUCCUGCUUCACCUAUUCAUAUGAGCAUAAUGCAAUAUAUAUGCACCUAGAUGCUGUAGCUACAGCACCGCGGUCUCUUGAUUUUCUGUAUUUAACGGCUCUGGUCUAGUUGCGACCCGACGGGAUGUUCAGCUCUGUCUGUACAGGCUUUGCAACGUAAAAAUCAAAGGAGGAGGAUGGAGGUGGAGGCAGGCCAAGGACUGGCAGCGGCGCUAGCAGGACAGACUCCUGUGGAGAACUCGGCGAGCGGCGAGCGGCGGGGAGCUGUCCCGGGAGCAGAGGGGGACUUGUGCGCGUAGAGGUCAGGGGUGGAAGCAGUGACUGAGAGGUCCCACUUGUGCCCCAGCGUGGAGCAGAGCACUGGAGAGGCCAUGAGGCAUCAUCUCUGAGCGAGGACCGAGGCUCUUCUCUGCCAUGGGAAGGAGCACACGGACUGAGGCCAGAAGUUUCUUAAGGACACAAGCCUUUCCUCUCUGCACAGAAAGGAAGUAACGAGAAGCAGGGCCCCGUGUGUGAUUAACUUUUUCUUUUCCUUAAAUCUCACUCUUUCCUGUCUCAUGAGCAGCUUUUUGCAGAGCGCUUUAAAAGCUGUUUAUACAUACGUUCAGCCAGCCAGGUGGAUGAAAAGGAUGACCUUCUGACCUCCUGAGCAUGGCGGCCAAGCUGGACUUCCUGUCGAGCUUCCACGGCUUCGAUCUGGGCGGCCGCUUCGUGGAGCUCAAGCCCCUGGGCUAUGGGGCGAACGGGCUGGUGCUCUCCGCCGUGGACAGGGAGAGCUGCCGCAAGGUGGCGGUGAAGAAGAUCGUCGUCACGGACGCCCUGAGCGUCAAGCACGCCCUGCGGGAAGUCAAGAUCAUCCGGCGACUGCAGCACGACAACGUGGUGCGGGUGUUCGAGGUGCUGGGGCCCCGCGGGCUGCCCCUGCCCCCGGACGUGUGCACGCUGACCACCCUGUACAUCGUACAGGAGCACAUGGAGACCGACCUGGCCCGCCUGCUGGAGCAGGGCCCCCUGCUGGAGGAGCACGCCAGGCUCUUCGUGUACCAGCUGCUGCGCGGCCUCAAGUACAUCCACUCGGCCAACGUGCUCCACCGCGACCUCAAGCCGGCCAACAUCUUCAUCAACACCGAGGAGCUGUUGCUCAAGAUCGGGGACUUCGGGCUGGCCAGGAUCGUCGACCCCCACUACUCACACAAAGGAUACUUGUCUGAGGGCCUGGUGACUAAGUGGUACAGAUCUCCACGGCUUCUCCUCUCACCCAACAACUACACAAAAGCCAUUGACAUGUGGGCCGCUGGCUGCAUCCUGGCAGAGAUGCUGACAGGUCGGAUGCUAUUUGCAGGUGCCCAUGAGCUGGAGCAGAUGCAGCUGAUCCUGGACACCAUCCCAGUGCUCCACGAGGAAGACAAGCAGGAGCUGCUCAAGGUCAUGCCCUCCUACGUCAGCUCCGACUGGAAGGUGAAGAGGUCCCUCAGGGACUUGCUGCCGGAGGUCAACGCUGAAGCUAUUGAUUUCCUGGAGUGCAUCCUGACCUUUAACCCCAUGGACCGGCUCACAGCGGAGGACGCGCUGAUGCACAGCUACAUGCGGCAGUACUCCUGCCCAGAGGACGAGCCCACCUCCCAGCACCCCUUUCGGAUUGAGGACGAGAUCGACGACAUCCUGCUGAUGGAGGCCAGCCAGAGCCAAACCUCCAACUGGGAGAGGUACCAGGCCAGCCUGUCCUCUGACCUGGAGUGGCAGCAGCGGGAGAGAGGGUCUGAGGUGGAGGUGCAACGAGACCCUCGCACGGGAUCCAUGCCCAUCCUGGAGGAGGUGCAAGUUGACCCCCGCAAGUAUUCCCACAGCAGCUCUGAGCGCUUCCUAGAGCAUUCCCACUCCUCGCUGGAGCGCGCUGGCCCCGGGGACAUGGAUUGUGGCCGCUCUUGUGACUACAAGGUGGGCUCCCCCUCCUACCUGGACAAGCUGCUGUGGCGGGAUGGCAAGCCCCACCACUACUCGGAGCCCAAGCUCAUCCUGGACCUGUCCCACUGGAAGCGGAACAGUCUCCCUGUGUCUGGAGAGGGGAGGAGGGGGAGCAGGCUGGAGGAGCCCUCCCAUGAGCCGCCCUCUGACCUUUUCCUGGAGAUCUCCCGCUGGGUGGAGAGCACCCAAGCCCGGCUGGAGAGCCCCAGCCCGCCGCCUUUGCUGUUGCCAGCCCCUGAGGUCCAGGACGAGAGUGGUAAUGGCCAGCAGCCUCCAUCCUCUUCCUCCCAGACGGCAUCAGCCCAUUUCCUCGCCACUUCCACCCCGGCUCGGCAGCUCACGGACAGCGCCGAACCCCAGUUCGACCUGGAUGUCUUCAUCUCCCGGGCCCUCAAGCUGUGCAGCAAGCCGGAGGACCUGAAUGAGGGCCGGCUGGCCGAGAUUAAUGGAGCUCACAUCCCUGAGCGGCCGGCUGACAUUGUGCAGGCCAAGGUCUGCCAGAAGGACCGCUGGUAGAGUGACUGUGGGGUCUGCUUCGAGGCUGGGUCAUGAGGAAUACUCAAUCCUAUCCUAGAAGCUGCAAGCUUGAAUCUAAAUGCACACUUACAUCGAGUGGGAUGACAACAGUCCUCUUGGAUCUACAGUGGCAAGAUGAAAGGCAGAUAAGGCUGUUCUUAAUGGGAACUGUUUUUUUUAAAAAACUGCCUUUCAUCUUGAAAAAGAUCGUGCAGAUGGCCACUUGUGAAAUGUACCGAAUUAUGUAGAAGCUUGAAUAUGGAUUGCGAAGCUAGAAUGCAUUGGUACAAAAACAGACAAGGAUUAACUGUGAACAAAAGUGAUUUCAAAUCGGACUGCUCUUUUUGAACUGAUUGAAUACCGCGAGUUUGUGGAGGAAAGGAAAUGGUAAUGUCUUAGCUGCUACUGAAAUGAAAAGCGAUGGUUUUGGAAUCAGUACUGUAAUAAUUAUUAUUUAUCAUCAUCCUCUGAGCACACUCACCCAUGAUAGCAGAUUGUAAAGUGUUCUAACGCCUUUCAAAUGGAAAUGCACCCUCACACGCAAAAACAAAAGAGAAAAAUUAGCAAUUGUCCUUCAGUGAAGUGUGGUUUUUGAAGUACAUUACCAAGGUGGGGGGUUAAUGUUGUGAUGACUGCAUUACUGCCCAGAUCCAGUGCUUAUUCAGACAAGCAGAACCUGAACCUGAUUGUGAGUUCGUCUAUCCUUCUGAAAUCUUCAUUUGCUAUGCAAACGCAUGGGGAGAUGAAUGGGCACUAUGCGGUUUAAGUUUGCCAGAUAAUGACUCAAGGCAGUAAGCAGGACUUAUCUAACUAAAUGUGUUUUGUGCCUUUCAUCAAAUAGGUAAUGACUUCUUCCUGUUUUCUUUUUUCUUCCACUGGUCUGCAUCUCAUUAUCAGUUCAAUUCUCCUGCAUUAGAACAGGUUACAGGUUCAGUUAGUGUUUAAAGAGUGGUGCAGCACACACGGAACUACUAACUUAACCAGUAACAGGUUUAAAGAUGAGCAAGUCUUUCUCUUUCAGUGACAUCACCUCUGACAUCCUCACUAAUGCAAGAGCUACAUUGCUUGAAGCCUGAAUGCAGUGCUGGCACACUGAUAUAAAGAACACAGCAGCGAGUUAAUGAGUACGUCUUUAUUUAGAUUGACUGGUGUACACCUUAUAUAAGACUCUGGUGCUGUGCCAAAUGUGUUCUUCAGCUAAUUCUGGAUUGUACUGACAAUAUUUAUAAUUAUCAUCUUUUAUUAGUUUGUUCACAGCUGUAAAUAAACUAGGCCAAACUGGCAAGCAGGCUGUAGCUGCUACUUGAACUGCCAGAGGCUUUCAGAACACCUUUGUGGCAAACCUUUCCAUUAACAGCCAGCACAGCACAAUGCUGUGUGCUUUUUUGGAAAGGAAUCUUGAAUUUUAAACUGGGGGCAGUUUUCCAGAAGAUUGUCACCAUUUUAAAUUACACAAUAAAUUUUAUGAAAGAUGUCAGGACAGAAUGAUUCUGCGUCAACCAGCAGAUGAGUGGGGAAUUGAAAUCAGAGCCUUGCCUUAAAAUAUUUCAAAUAGGAUCAUUUAAUUUUGAUGCUACCAGCCACACCAAGAGGCUAAACUGUAGCCUCUGAACACAGCACAUUUGAACACCCUUAAAAACCCAGGGGAGCAGUGUCACUCUAUCAGGCUCUCUUAUACUUGAUAAUCCUAUAACACAAGCUCGUUAUACUGCCUCAGAUGUAGCUGCUGGGGGCAGUCUAAGAAUUUUUGUGUGCCCUGCUGUGGAAAUGCACAGUUAGAUGAACUACUGUUACUCCCCGGUAAGGAGCUCAUGUAGUGGUUCUUCUAAAAUUGACAUAAUUUUAAUUCUCUUAUAGUUCUGCAUCACAUUAGAGUUCUCUCACACUGUCAUUGAAAAAUGCAAAAAAGUGUAAACAAUUCAAUAUCAUUACAAAUUAUUAUUGAUCAUAGGUAAAUUCCAAAAGAUUUUAAUUGCGGACUGUCAUGUUGGGGAGGUUCUGUGUAGAAGUUUGUGGAACUGCAAAAAGCCUCCUUAACCUUCUUGUGCAGUUGAGUUGCGGGGAAAGCUGGCAAUUCAAAGACAUUUCAAGAAACAUGGACCAUGGUGGUGUGAAGAGGAUCGCGUGUUUUUCUUGUAGAUGGUACAUCUUGCUGAGAUUGGCACACUGUGGCACAGUUGUAGGAAAGCAAUUGAAUGGCAAAUUAAAAAACGGGGAAAAAAGCUUUUGUGAAAAUGUAUUGCAUUUGACCUUUACGGAUUCGAUAGGCUAAAUUAACUGAACCUAGCGCCUGAGAAUCACAAUAUUCCUGAGAAAGGUCAAUCUUUCAUCGAAUGUGGCUCUGGUCUGUGUAUCAUUUCUCCAUGGGCACUGAGGCCCUGCCUGUCAGCCCGCUGUGAGGACAGAGAUGCUGGUGUGUACUGCCGGUUUUGUUUUGGCAGAAGCUGCCCUUGUCAGGAAUCCUGCUGAAGCGAAGCAGGUUAGCCAGCUUUAUGUUUGCCUUUGGGCAUCAGUUUCAUUACUCACUUCACAAUAUUUAUGUUAAUAGGUCUCCUGCAGCAAAACCUGGUACAGCUUUGUUACAGCACUGUCUUCCCUACGCUGUCAUAAUUAGGGUACAGAGUUUGUUUUUAUUGCUUCUUGGUCUGCUUCCUUCAGUCUAUAAUUAAAUCAAAUUACACCAUAUAUUUGCUACCUAAAGGCCUGAUUUCUAAAUGCAGUCUCACGUGAGUUGAGUUGAAUCCUGCAAUAGUUUCCUUGUGUGCACAAGUUAAUCAUAGGGAUUUUGUAUGAUUCUUCAAAAACAAGGUAGGUGUUUGUGACUGUCUGUCUUGUUUCAGACGCCCUCUACCCUUAUCCAGCUCUUGCUCCUAUGUUCUACAGCCCUUGCAGAGUCCUACAUGGCCAAAGAUAAGUGUACCCUCCCCUUGUGGGGUUAUCACCCAGAGAAUUAGUUAAGGAAGGACCUUGAGGUAAAACAAAGGAAAGGGUUUUGGUUGGUGUCUGGCUGCAAAUCUGAGGUCUUUACCAGCCUUUGGAAUGGCAAUGACAUGUAUUCUUUUCUAGGCCUUUAGGACUGUCCUCAGGACCUGAUGCCUACAUUGUUGACUGCUGGGUCGAAAGGGUGGUUUGUGCGCCUUUAACAAUGCAAGUAUCAGCAUCACACUCUCAGGGCAUAAAGAGCCAACGGGCAGCCAAGGCGAAUUGCUUUGUAGGCAACUUCUGUUUUGCAGAGAUAGUGCUGAGAGCUGAAAUGCAGAGGCUGAGUAUGAGCAAUGGCCUGCCAUGGCUUUGUGGAAAGUCAUCUAGGACUUGGCAUGGCACUGGCUGAGGGGGACUUCGGGCACGUGCCGCAUGUCAUGUGAAUGGCUCAAUAGGAAUGUUCUGCGCUGCCUCAGAGUCCCGCGCAGGGGCAAAAUUAUUUCUUUACACCCACUCUACAAAAGAGUUGAGUCUCCAAAAACUCUCACAUGGAUGCCUGGCGCUGAGUGUUCCCAGACUCCCAGUCUUCCCAUUGGCACAGACUCCUGCACUUGUCCACUCCCACUCCCCAAGCUUCCACUUUAAUUCUCCAACAUCGCGCAAAGUCCCACGGUCUUGCACCACUAAACUUCCGCUUCAAAUCUCGGGAUUCAGCCUGUACUCCUCCCAUCCCCAACCCCCCCUCCGCAGCGCGAUUCUACGUUGUAACAGUCUCUUUCAGAAUGAUAAUGUUGAUAAAGUGUUAGGUUACAAGAGCUCCACUGAGGAGAAUAGGCCCAACUGAUAGAAAGUCAAUGUCUUGCAUGACCAAUAUCAGGGACACCGGCCUCAGGAUUCCAUGACGAGACUCUCACUUAAUUCAGACGGGGGACUGGGUCAAGGAAUUCAGUCUGCUAGUAAAAGAUCAUUAGUUUCUCCAGAAACAUUCUGAGUGCUGGAAGGUGCAAAGAGAAUGCUGAUCCAUCUCGGUCCCAGAUGAUGAAGCUUGUCAGAGCUUUUACUUCACUGGUUUUACACAUAAAACACACUUUGGCUGAUCCUAUUUGACUCCUCACAGCUGGGAUUGAAGGCUAUCGCGAUCAUCACUGACACUUACAGUAUGAUUUUAUUAAGCAUGAGGAUGUUUCAGAAAGGCAUUAGAGGAAUUAUUCCUUUCAACUCAUUUCAGCAAGCUGGGUGUUAUUAAAUAUAAUCCUAUUUAACGGAGAAGGUUCACUCUCUUUUUCAUUUUUCCUUUGAUUGUCAUCAUGCAUGAUCCCUAUGUUACCACCACAUUUUACAAACUGUAUGUGGAGCUGGGACUCGGCAGACCCUUUUUCACAACACUUCAACGCUGCAUCGUGAUGAGCUGACCAUAGGGGGGCUAGUUUAUAUAUGUGGUUAAUUGUGCAAGUGCUCACAGAUCCAGGCGAUGUCUGCACAACAGAACGUGCACCCUGAAUAACCCACAAUUCUUCACAAAUUCAACACCUUUGCUAAUACUACACACUAUAUCUACUACACUAUAAUACUACACUAUCACAGGUUAGGAUAUUGCCGUGGAUUUGAAAAAGAUACACAGCCUUCAGGUAUGUUACUACCUAAUGUAGAUAAAGUAAUUAAGCAGAUAUAAUUAACAACUCCAUCACACUCCAUACAUUAAAAAGCAACAGAACCAAGGCUGUCUGGACUUUAAUCACACAAAUCACUUCUGUCAGCACAGCUUUCUAGUGGGAAUUUAUUAUAUUUGCUAUUUUCUAACCAGGUUGUAAGUACCCUGUUUUUAAUGUUACAAGGGAAGAUUUCCUGUAAAAAAUGAAGCAAAUGUUUUAAAUUAGAUUGUGAGGUUCUUCUUCUUCAGUAACAACAGAAAAAAAGAGUUCCGUAAACUGCCCGUUUUUAAAGCUACUAAACUUCUGACAGAUUCAGCCUCCCACAAGACUCAGCUUAGCCUCUGUCACCUGCCUAUAGCAAAAAUAAAACACAGAAAUUGGUAAGGGCAAGGUGAGAAAGAUGGUUGUCAUUUGGUUGUCAGCUGCACAUUAUAUGUCCUAUGGAGACACCUGGAGAUACCAAAUUGGGCAUUAGAACACUUCUGCCCUGCAUGGCUGUUGUUUGGUACUUAUAUACAGUAAAACACAAAUUCUCGCUUUGCUCUCCACUAAAGUUUUGUGGUUCAGUAAUCACUACAUACAUCAUUUUAUAAGCUGUGCUCCCUCUCUGUCAGGUAAUGUUGUAUUUAUGUGAGUCCUCUAGGAUAAAGGUAUCAACCAGAUAUAUUACUGAUACAGAUAAUCCAGAGGUUGGUACUAUCCACAGAAUUUGCUUUUGAGAUUCAGAAUUAGAUUCGAACAUAAUGAAUUUCAGCCCAACAUGAGAAUAUAAGAAAGGUUAAGAAAUGAGUGGAAGCCAUUCAACCCAUCUAGCCUGUGUGGUGGUUCAUUGACGUGUGCUUUACUCUUCCCAAUGUGUUCUCUGUUUCUUUAUUUUUCUGAGGUAAAACUGAGAUUUUGAGGCUUAAUUUUGUUGACUUUUGGGACUCUUGAAGUGUCAGCCUUGUAUAACUAUUAGCUUACUGACGAGAACUCUGCAGGCCAUUUUAAUUCUGCUUAGGAAUCAUCAUUGUAGCAUCACAACAUUAUGAAAUCCUCUGAUCUGAGUUUACAUUUUUGGCUAUAUAUAUGGUUCUGUAAUGAAACAAGUAAAGGUUUAUUCCACACUGAAAAGAGGAAAAAAGAAACACAACAGUUUGGCUAUGGAGCCUUCUUUGGGUGUCUUCCCAAACUACUUGAACUACUACAUGGUCCUGUAGGUGUUGUUCAUUGCAUCUCCGUAAUGACUGGAAGGGAACAAUUCUGGGUCAAUGUAAGCACAUUCAGUUUGUAAAAUGGGGACAAAUAAACUUGAAGGGGUAAACAAUGUUUGUUCAUAUUACCUGGGUGUAAUAAGGUACUCAACUUAUCAUUUUGUUUAUAUUGUUUGAUGUAUAAUUUUAUUUAAUAGAUUGGAUUGAUAAAUUGAUUUGAUGUGAAGGACUGAAAGAACAAUAAAAGUUGCCUCAGACACAUUCCAGGAUGAAAUUAGAUCUAUGUCUCACACUUACUUAAUGAACCAGCACAAAGUGACAAAGCAGCAGGCAUCUCAAUAUGUUCGCAAUUGUGUGUUCAUGGAAACUGCUUUAAAAUAUAGUGAGCUGAGUGCUGGAGUUGCGUACUGCUGUUUGGCAACAACUAUAGAAUGAAAUGUUGGAAAUAACCCAGUAACAUGAGUUUAUCAUUUCCCGCAUUUUUAUUUUACAGAAUGGAUAUGUAUUUUUAUAUUGAGUACAUGUACAUUCCAACAUAUAAAAUUAAUUGUUGCUGUCAUUUGGCUUUAUUUCACCAUGAUCCUGCAAUCAUGACUGUAGUAUGUCUCAUGAGCCAAAGGGAUUUAAAACUUUAAUUCAGUGGUUGAAAAUUGUCGGCUUCUUGAGCGCUUGCUAGCAACCUGACUGGCUUUAUCAUUGUUGAAGUCGGAGGAUGUUCCCAUAGACCCUACAAAGAGAUGGCUUCUUAAGUUUAACCUUCACAUGCUACUUCCCCUGCGUGGAAAUGAUAAAGUAAGAACUCGAGGUUGUUUCUUCAUGUUCUUUCUGGCAUGAGAAAAUCUGCUGUCGAAUUCUAGGAGGGUGUGCGAAGUGUCACCGCUUCUCCUGAGCCCACUGAGGACAGAGAGCAGCCGGAGACUUUAUUAAGAGCUUUCACACCUCUGGUCCCCCUCUCCAGCUCGCGGGCACAGGCUGCUGCACGCUGCGUGGUGCUGUGCGUGGAUGAGCCCCUGGGGAAGCUGUCCUCAUGCAGGGCACACAGCGAAGAGCAGAACAGGUGCAAAAGAAAAAUGUCAGUUUUGAAGGAACCGCAGUAAAAAUAAACCAAACUGUCUGAUCACUGUUUUAGCUGAUUUGUGCUUUCAGCAAACGAUUAAAUAACUUACUUUUGAUUGAU